GGCGGCCGCGCGUGGAUGCGGCGGGAGCCCGAAGCCUCGAGCAGCCGGCGCCGACUCUGCCCCCGGGCGCCCUAUGGCUUGAAGAGCCUUGCCGCCCAGUGGCUCCGCUGCCCCAAUGGAUCCACUGAAUCUGUCCUGGUAUGAUGACGAUCUGGAACGGCAGAACUGGAGCCGAUCCUUCAAUGGGUCGGAAGGAAAGGUGGACCGGCCCCACUACAACUACUAUGCCAUGCUGCUCACCCUUCUCAUCUUCGUCAUUGUCUUCGGCAACGUGCUGGUAUGCAUGGCUGUGUCCCGCGAGAAGGCACUGCAGACGACCACCAACUACCUGAUCGUCAGCCUCGCGGUGGCCGACCUGCUUGUUGCCACGCUGGUCAUGCCCUGGGUUGUCUACCUGGAGGUGGUGGGCGAGUGGAAAUUCAGCAGGAUCCAUUGUGACAUCUUCGUCACUCUGGAUGUCAUGAUGUGCACGGCAAGCAUCCUGAACCUGUGUGCCAUCAGCAUCGACAGGUACACAGCUGUAGCCAUGCCCAUGCUGUACAACACGCGCUACAGCUCCAAGCGCCGGGUCACCGUCAUGAUUGCCAUUGUCUGGGUCCUGUCGUUCACCAUCUCCUGUCCACUGCUCUUUGGACUCAAUAAUACAGACCAGAAUGAGUGCAUCAUCGCCAACCCUGCCUUUGUGGUCUAUUCCUCCAUUGUGUCCUUCUACGUGCCCUUCAUCGUCACCCUGCUGGUCUACAUCAAGAUCUACAUUGUGCUCCGCAAACGCCGCAAGCGGGUCAACACCAAGCGCAGCAGCCGAGCUUUCCGGGCCAACCUGAGGGCCCCACUCAAGGGCAACUGUACUCACCCUGAGGACAUGAAACUCUGCACCGUUAUCAUGAAGUCUAAUGGGAGUUUCCCAGUGAACAGGCGGAGAAUGGAGGCUGCCCGCCGAGCCCAGGAGCUGGAGAUGGAGAUUGUCUCCAGCACCAGCCCUCCCGAGAGGACCCGGUACAGCCCUAUCCCGCCCAGCCACCACCAGCUGACUCUCCCUGCCCAGUCCCACCAUGGCCUCCACAGCACUCCCGACAGCCCCGCCAAGCCAGAGAAGAAUGGGCAUGCCAAAGACCACCCCAAGAUUGCCAAGAUCUUUGAGAUCCAGUCCAUGCCCAAUGGCAAAACCCGGACCUCGCUCAAGACCAUGAGCCGUAGGAAGCUCUCCCAGCAGAAGGAGAAGAAAGCCACUCAGAUGCUCGCCAUUGUUCUCGGCGUAUUCAUCAUCUGCUGGCUGCCCUUCUUCAUCACGCACAUCCUCAACAUACACUGUGACUGCAACAUCCCGCCAGUCCUGUACAGCGCCUUCACGUGGCUGGGCUACGUCAACAGCGCCGUGAACCCCAUCAUCUACACGACCUUCAAUAUCGAGUUCCGCAAGGCCUUCCUGAAGAUUCUACACUGCUGACUCUGCCGCCUGCCUGCGCAGCAGCCGCCUCCCACCUCCGGGCCCAGGCUCUCUGGGCCUCGUCCUUGCGAGCUAUACGCAGAAAGGCCCUGAGGGACGGGGCCUUCUCUUCACCCUGCAGGCCUGGCUGUGUUUACCUGGCUCUGUGCCCCUCUGCCCACACACCCCCUUUCUGCCAGGGCAAGGCAGAGCCGGGUAUGGUACCAGCCCUGGGACAGGACCUACGGCUCAGAGCAGCUCACAGAGUCUCCCUCCCACCUCCAGGCCCUCUCUCCUUGGCACCAAAGAUGUAGCCGCCCUCCUUGACCUUUCUCUGGGGCAGCGGGGUCUCUGGAGUUACUAGGACCAGAGUCAAGGCUAAAUGGGCAAGCACACUUUAUUGGGUUUCCCCUGGCUUUUGUGGGCCUGUGCUGGAGUAGGAGGGAUGGUUCUCACCCUACAAAGCUCACAGGGGGCAGGCCUGGAAAACUUCAGCCCUGGGAGAGCCAUGGAAAUACCAGAUAGCACAUGGACCCCAGAGGAGGCCAAGCCAAAAGUCUGAGCUCCCUCCCAACUGGAAGUGAGCCCUACCUUCCUCCGCUCUGGCUCUGACUCACCCCACUCUGUUAUAGCGCCCAUACAGUUCUACACCUUCAGAGGGAGGAACCCUGAUCUCCAAGGGCCCUGAGGGGGUCUGUGGAGAGAGAAACUCCAGCGCCCACCCCCCUCGGCCACUUCUCUUCUGUUCCCUAUGCUGGCCAGCCUGGAAAGUCAAGUAUUGGACCCACAUCUGGGCCUGACUUGGGGGACUUUGGAGGUUCUUUGAGAGUCCACCUCCUGCCACAUCUGACAUAAAGUCUCUCCCUUUGUUUUU